CCGGGUCCAAAAUGGCGUUCUAUCCGCUACUCGUCAUCAUCUUCCCAAUCUCCAUCACCGUUCUCGUCCUAAUAAUCGCUUCCCGAUUUCUCGCCGCCGCAUCUUCCCAAAACCCGCUUCCGCCGGGUCCAAAACCAUGGCCGAUCGUCGGAAACCUCCCUCACUUGGGAAAAACCCCUCAUAUCUCCCUCCAAAACCUCUCCAACCUCUACGGCCCUCUCAUAUCCCUCCGCCUCGGCUCACAACUCCUCGUCGUCGCCUCUUCCCCGGCCGCCGCCGCAGAGAUAUUGAAAACACACGACCGCCUCCUUUCGGCAAGAUAUGUCCCGAGAGCGGUGCCUUACGACACGGCGGAGCUCGACCGCAAGGCAAUCGUGUGGGCGUCCAACUGCAACGACCAAUGGAAGGCCUUCCGAGCCGUGCUCAGGAACCACGUCACCUCGGCCAAGGCGAUUGAAUCUCUAGCAGCCGUCAGGGAGAGGAAAGUCGCCGAGAUGGUGGAAUUUCUCGAGGGGAAGUUAGGGGAAUCGGUUAGUAUCGGUGAAGUGGUUUUCGCCACCAUGUUUGAUAUGCUGUCGAAUCUCAUCUUCUCCCGAGACUACAUCGGGUUUGAAAGAAAUGAGAAUGGGAAUCGAAUGAAAUCACUGAUUCAGAGGUUGAUAGAAUUGGGGGCUUCCCCCAAUCUCGCAGAUUUUUCCCCGGUUCUGAAGAAUUGGGAUCCCCAGGGUUUGAGACGUAAGUCAGCUCGCUGUUGCGAAGAGAUUUUCUCUAUUUGGCAGCCUAACGUUAAAGAAAGGAGAGAGCGCCGGCUUCAAGAGCGAUUUGGUGCUGAAGAUUUCUUGGAUAUUCUCCUGGAAAAUGGACUUGAUGAUGACCAAAUUGACUGGUUGAGUCUCGAAUUGUUCAGGGCUGGAACAGACACUACCACGGCCACAAUAGAAUGGGCCAUGGCAGAACUGAUUCGAAACAGGAGAGUGAUGAACAAGUUACGGGAGGAGCUGAAGAGAGAACUGUUGUCAACCAAAUCAGGAGAACUGCUGAUUGACGAAUCCAUGGUGGCUCGAAUUUCUUACUUGAAUGCAAUCGUGAAGGAGACGCUAAGGCUACAUCCGCCGGUGGCGUUGCUGCCGCACCGAGCGCCAGAGUCUUGCAAGGUGAUGGAUUACACAAUCCCAGAGGGGGCUCGUAUUGCAGUCAACUUGUGGGCGAUAGGGAGGGAUCCAACCGCGUGGGAGGAUCCGGGGACGUUUCGGCCCGAGAGGUUUAUUGGGUCGGACGUUGAUUUUAGAGGUCAGGAUUUCGAGUUGCUGCCAUUUGGCGCUGGCAGGAGGAUGUGCCCAGGAGUGCUGUUGGCCAUCAGGCAGAUUCCACUUGUGUUGGCUGCUUUGAUUCAUAAUUUUGAUUGGCGUCUCCCCGACGAAGAAGAUCCGACGGAAUUGGAUAUGAGUGAGAAGUUUGGACACACGUUGCAAAAAGAAUUUCCUCUUGUUCUUAUUCCCGACCAAAGUUCGUUUUGAGACUUUUGAUUUUGGUCUCGGAGCUAAGAGUUAGUUUAUGUAACACCCUACCCUAUACAUUUUGCCUAAUCAUAUUGUUCAUACAAUUGCAGCGGAAUUAAUCUCGGGUGUUACAUUAAUUAUCAAAAUUUACCCAAAUAAAAUUUCGACAUGAAUUACUCGCGUAAUGGGCUAACAGUUCUUGCAACUUAUCCUGCAAAAUAAUUUAUCACAAACAUAUAUACUCACAACCAUAUGCAUUGGCUUUUCUUAGCCAUAGUCACACUUUUCAUACUCCACAACUGCAUACCAUACUUAUGCAUACCAUAAUCGUCACAACUUACACAAUUACACAACAUAUACACAUAUCAUCAACUUUCUACACCUGUGGAUAUCUCACACUACAUCAGAAGCUAGUAUGCACAUGAAAAACGUUCUCAAAACAUUUUUACAAAAAGGUGUGGAUCACUCGAAGGCCAAUGUUUCCUUGUAGCUUGCACAGAAGUACUUUCAGUGUUACUAAUAACCGAUCGAGAAGUAUGGUGGCUAGCUAUGCAAUGUAGUUGAUUUUAGAUUAUGCCAACAAGACGAGUUGUGGUGGUAGAGAUUUUAACAUGGAUAUGAUUCUUGAUGAUCUGGUAACAACCAUUUUGUAGGUUGAUAUAACCUUGUGUUAGUGGCAACCUACGUUGCAGGUUAACAAUCUUGCUUAAUAAGUUCUGUUUCGAACUUGUUGAUAUGUUUUGUUGUGAUAGCCCAAUAUAGGUUUUUGAAACCUAAACAUGGGAACUUCAGAUGUUAUGUGUUUAGUUAUGUAGUUCAGAUCUCCUAACCAAAGAGUUAGGUAGUAACAAGAUAAGUGAUAGUGUCUGCUAGGAAGGGAACGAGCGGAUAUGUACUAUUGACUCAAGGUUAGAUUUCGGGGACGAAAUCUUUUAAGGAGGGGAGAAUUGUAACAUCCCGUUUCGGCUAAAAUCGUAUUACCGUCGCUAGAAAAAUUACGCGAUUAAAAUCGGGGGGUUUAAUAGUAUUUCGACGAAAAUCGGAUUAUCGAUCGAUCGGAUAAGUAUACGAAUUAAUUAUAUAUUUAUAUAUAUAAUAAUUGGUGUGUACGUGUGUGCUGUGGGUUAUAGGUGUCAUGUGUGUAUUAAAAAGAGAAAGCUAAGUAAAAGAAAAUGAAAUUUAAAAGGACAAAGAAGCGGUCUGGGAUAAGGUAGCCCACCAUUCCAUUUUUUACGAGACAUCUCCUUUCCAAUCGUCCCCAUUAUUUCAUUUUCUUGACCCGGGAGACAGAGUAGAGGCAGGGGCGUUAGGAAAUCCUUUAAUACAAGAUAGCUUAUUGAUUUCAAAGGUUGUAACUAAGUUCUGGGCCAAUGAUUUCUUGAAUUUCUAACGGUAGGAAUUAGGGUUUUGGAGAAUCCGGACGCCGGAUUGAGCCCAAAUUUCAUAUACGAGCUUCCUGCAACGAGGUAAUUAAUCUUCUAGUUCUAAUCCAUGAAUUUCGGCUAUUAUUUAGGUCGGAGACGGAAUCACUAAAUUUAGCUCCGGCCAGGGUUUGAUGUGUUUUUAUCAAGAUUUUGACUCAGAGCCUAGAACUAAUAUUGACGGGGAUACUGCAGGGGAUACUAGGACGGUCUCGGAUUUUAAUUCGGGGUUCGUUGGUGAAAUUGAUGUUUUAGUACGGGAGGCUAAACCCGGUGUUUGAACGACCAAAACUGGUGAGGGAUUAGCACGGCAUACCGGGUUUGUCGUAUCACGAUAAUUAUAUUGAUGCUUAGAAUUGACCUAGGUGAACUAGAAUGGCAUGAUUAAGGGUGUAUGAACUUUUGUGCUAUAUGAUGAAUCAUGGACUACUGUAUGAUAUUAUUGACUUGCCUUAAUCGAGAUGGACUUUGUUUAUGCUGAUGAUUUUGUAUGUUGCAAAUUGUGGGCUUGACUGUUGAUAUGCCUUAUGAUGGUUCGAGAAGGUGAUUGGAUAUGAUUUUUCAUGAUUAUUGUAUUUGGAUGCACAAGUGGGAAUAUAUAUAUUCCCCUGGUGAUAUUAUGAUGUUUUAAGGAGGAUGACUUGCACGAGGGUUUAUCCCGAGGAAGUUCAAUUAUACGACUCCUGAUUUACCUAUGUUGAGCCAAUUAUGGCCAGGUCAAGUACAUGUGCAAGUAAUGAAUUAUGAUUAAGGAAGAUGAGAUGUGAAUCAUAUUUAAGGAUACCAAAUAUGAGUGUUGUGGUCUCACGGUCAACUACAUAGUAAUUAGGGCUCCCUAUGCUAUUACUCUAUUAUGAUAUGUAUGAUAGUCACACCUCUCAUGUGGUGUUGACUGAAGGAAUCUCACGAGAUAUGACCACACCCAGAGUGGUGUCGGGGUAUGACUACACCCAUAGUGGUGUGGGGUAUGUAUGACCACAUCCGAUGGGAUGUUGGGGUAUGUAUGACUACAUCCGACGGGAUGUGGGGUAUGUUUCCCGGGAGAGUUAUUAGCAUGGGAGUAGCCAGGAGCCUAUGAUUAAAACAUGAUAAGAUGCAUAUGCAUAAGUCAAGGUGGUUGAGUCUUUUGCCUAUUGGGACAUGAGGAUGGCUGAGGUCCGAUCCUAGUGUUUUGGCUUGUUUGCUAGAUGUAUGGUAGGGGGUAUGCUCUGUUAUGAACUCACGAUGCAAUGAUUGUCUCACUCAGCCAUGAGCUGACCCUCUUUUAUUCUUCUUCUCUGCUUAUGCUAUGUGUAAGCAGAUCAUCAGCUGCAGCAGUAGAUAAGUGUUAGGUGGGAGAGGAGCUAGAGUUGAAGCCAGGAUGAGGUAUGGUCUUCAACUAUUCUGUGCUUGGACUACUACUCGGGAUUUUGGCCAGUGAUCCACACCUUUUUGUAAAAAAUGUUUUGAGAAUGUUUUUCAUGUGCAUACUAGCUUCUGAUGUAGUGUGAGAUAUCCACAGGUGUAGAAAGUUGAUGAUAGGUGUAUAUGUUGUGUAACUGUGUAAGUUGUGACGAUUAUGGUAUGUAUAAGUAUGGUAUGCAGUUGUGGAGUAUGAAAAGUGUGACUAUGGCUAAGAAAAGCCAAUGCAUAUG